ACGCGUAAAGAAAACGCAAGGAGGAUACAGUGGUGGCGACGGCGGUGCAGACUUGCCUCUGGACGGCAAGGGCAACAUGGAAGUGAAAGAUGGAAAUGCAGCCCUUCUCAGCAAUUAUGAGGUCUACAAAUUGCUGACUGAUCUGAAGCGGCGGUGCCAAGAGCCUGGGAAAAGUAAGCAGAGUGUUGGCCAGCAGAAUCUGAACACAAUCACAUAUGAAACAUUGAAAUACAUAUCAAAGACACCAUGUAAGUUCCAGAGUCCUGAGAUUGUAAGAGAUUUCCUCAUAGCACUGAAAAAUCAGAAGCUAACAAAGGCAGAAAAAUUGCAACUACUCAACCACAGGCCUGCAACUGCUGUUGAAAUCCAGCUGAUUGUUGAAGAAAGCGAGGAGAGGCUUACAGAAGAGCAAAUUGAAUCCCUUCUCCAGACAGUCACCAGCAUGCUUCCUGGAGACCCAGAACAAGAGCAGGAGCAGCAACCUAUGGUUGCAGAAGAGGAGGGCAGCCAAACAUAGGAGGACUGUAAGCGACUUGAACUGUAGGAGAUCCCCUUCCCCAUUUUAGCAUCAGGCAAGCGUUGGCCAAACUCUUCAUUUGCUAUGAGAAUCUGCAGAUUUCCCACUGUUUCCAUGAUGAUUACGCAGUGUUGUCACUAUAUGUUUUUCAGUUGUUUGUACACCAAAGGAGCAUUAUUAUUUACAGUAUAAACUUUUAAAGGA